AUGGGUGGUUAUGACAAACCUGAGGAAAUGGCAUCAGAUUCUGAGCCCAUACCAAAUUUGUGGUUUGUCCUCAAAGCAGGGGAGACUCCUGAAGCCUGUGAUGAGUCUCUCCUUCAUGCUUAUGAACUUUGUGACAAGAUGGCCCUUUCUCCUCAGUUUAUCAAAGAGAAAAGGGUCUUAUCAAUGGAACCAGGAAAGGAAGAUAUAUUUGUGCUGGCAAAAUUUGAGGGUCCUGUCUUUGAUUUCUUGAAGAAAAUGUUUCAGACAAAGGAUCAUGGACGAUGUGGCAGUGUGUUUGGACCUUUUUGUGUGAUAUCAUGCCUGAAGAUAGAAGAGCCCUUGCCAGACAUGCCAUAUCCAAUGUAUUCAGCCACAAUGAAGAAUCUCAUCAUCUGCACCACUGCAUUCUCCCGGGAGGCUAAUGAAGAUAUCCGCCAGAAAGUGGAAGAAAUGUCUGGCAUCUAUGCCAAGCAACUCCAUGAAGGUGUCACACAUCUUGUUGCUGCUCAGCCUUUUUCAGACAAAUGGAAGAUUGCUAAGGAAAGAGGCAUCCCAAUCAUGAGUCGUUCAUGGAUAAAUGUCACCUAUGAGGCCAGCUUACAGCGUAUAUGCAGGGCAACAGACACUGAAUUCACAUCUUGCAUCUUCAAACCCUUUGAAGGACUUAUCAUCUGUCUUUCUCAAGUGCCUGCCAAGGAGAAGGAGGCUCUCGUUUCUCUGAUUAGCAAGCAUGGUGGAACAUUUUCUCCCAAGCUUGAGAAGGACAUCACAAACAUGCUGGUAACAACUUCAACUGUGAGCGACAAAUACAAAUUUGCCCGGAAGUGGGGUAUCCCCAUAGUUACACCUGAUUGGGUGUUCAAGUCUGCCAGCCAUGGACAAACUGAGAACAUCAAUGAUUACAGAGUUAUAGGGGUCCAGGUUUCAACUCCAGAACAGGAGAAAAAAUGUACACCAGGACUGAUGGAUUUUGAUGUAUCCUGUAUCUCAGUGGCAGCUGACACUCAAAAGAGUACCAGAUAUGUGGAUGAGACAAUGUCAGCUGCAUCAAUGAUUAUUCCACCUGUCAUUCCAUUCAAGAGACCACAACCUGAAACCAGUGAAGACUGGGAAUUCCCUGAUUUGAAGGAGAUUCGCAAAGGAGGAUUCUUCCUUGAUGGCUGCAAGAUCCAUCUCCAUGGAUUCAAUCCAAGUCUCAUGGAAAAAGUGAAGAAGAUUCUUGUCACUGCAGGUGGCUUGCUUUACCAGCAUCCUUCCCCUGGUCUUUCACAUGUUGUCCUUGCUGGAAAGGAUGAAACAUUUCUUGAGCAGUUGCGACGCAAGGAAUUUGGAUGCCAUAUUGUUGAUGCAAAAUGGCUUGUGGAGUGCUGCAAAAGCAAGAGACAUCUAGAUGAAAACGAGUUCUCAAUAUCAUCGGCCAGUCCAGCUGAAGUCACAGUUGUUGAGCCACCAUCCAAGAAAAAGGCAAAGGUUGGUGUGGGAAGCAUGGGACUUGAAGAUGAGAGUCUCCUCUUGCAAUACAUUGAUGCUGGGGGAGAGUCCAUUAAAUCUAGAUAUGAUGCAGGAAGCACUAAGGGGGAAGAGACUACUGGAGAGGAAUUGACAAUUGUUGAGGAAGUUCAUUUUGAUGUGGGAGCUGUUUCUCAAAUCUUCAAUGGACUCACUUUCCAAAUCAUGGGCCUCAAUUCAGAUGAAGCAAAAAGUGUGAAGAAAAGCAUCCUACAAAAUGGUGGCCUUGUGAGCCCCCACUAUAACAACAAGACUGACUAUGCAGUUGUACCUUUCUUAGGCAUAAAGGAGAGAGUCCAAGCCUUUGAUGUUGUCACAAGCCUCUUCAUUGAUGAUUGCAUGAAUGCCCAGCAAGUCUUAGAUGUUACAUACUAUCACAAGCCAGUGAAAAUGAAAGCUGAUGUAGACUCCCCAUUGAGAGAAUGUAUUGCUACACUCAGUCUAUACUCUGACUGUGAGAGGGUUUUUCUUACCAAAGCUCUUCAGGCUCUUGGUGCCAGAACCCAGGAACAGCUGACCAGAAGAGACAAGCCAGACAUUGGGCUCAGAGCAAAUACACAUUUGGUGUGCUUGAGUCCUGAAGGCCCCAAAUAUGAGGCAGCAAAAAAAUGGGGUGUCAUCUGUGUGAGUGGGUGGUGGAUCCUGGCAUGUGCUCAACAUGGUAUUCGAAUCCCUGAAUCUGAUUAUCCACCUGGUAUGGCUGAACCAUUUGAUGAGGAUGAUGAGGAGGAAGAAGAGGAGAAAGGGGAAUCCACUCUACACAAUAAUGUAGAAAAGGAUGAUGAAAUGGUGAUAGCAACCCCAGCUCCUCAAGCCACACGCAAGACAUCUGUCUCAGGAGCAUCCCCCUCACUCACUAGUACUAAUGCACAUGAUGGUCCCAUAGUGUCCAUGCGUCCUAGGAACUGGGAGACUCCACCCAUUGUUCGACAAGCCUUGAAGGUGGAGCGUAAAACACCACUAUGGAAACGAGAUCUGGAUGACCCUGAGGUGAAACUCUACCUUGCUAAGACUAAGACUCCUGACUUGGGAAAGUUAAAUGAUCACUUCCCUACUCCCCGGAGGAGGAAACUUUUUGAGUUGGAAGUCAAUGCUGCCCCUCCACUUCCUACUCCACCAGAAAAGAGACUGAAGAGGCUUCUUGACUAUCAUUAUCCUCCAUCUAUGGAACAGUUGGAGAAUGAGGCAUUUGAACAUCUUGAUCGUGUCAAGGAUAAGUUCUGUAAGGCCAUAGAUCGUGAGAUGGAGAAGCGGAAAUUGACCCAGGACUCUCAGAGAGCCGAAAAGAAGAAAGAUGCCAAAACUGCCCCUUUGGCUGGUGUUGUAAUCCAUGUUCAGCUCAAGUCUGCUGAUCUAGACAAGGAGAGUGAACUUUAUGAGAUGGUGGAUAGUUUAGGUGGGAAAUGCCAGCAUCAGUAUGAUGAUCAAGUCACCCAUCUUGUCUUCCAGGGAAGAGGUAAUGCCAAGGUGUUAAAGCAGGCCAGGGAAGGGAAGAAAUUUGUCGUCUCUCCUGAAUGGGUCACAACGUGUGCAAAGGAAAUGUCUCGUGCCGAUGAACUCCUCUUCCCCUAUUCCUCCACCAGUGCCACUCCUGCAUCACAGCUGUCGGUUUCCCGAAUCCCUCGCACCCCUUGCCAGAUGACUAAGAAGAUGGAGAAAACAGCUGCUGCUGAUGUCUCUUUAGCAGAUGAGGAACCCCAAAGUGAUAAGUCAUCUUCCUCAGUCCUUGAAAGGCACUUAGAAGACCUGAAGAGAAUCACCAAGCAGCCAAUAGAAUGGACAAAAGUGAGAAGACUGGGGAGCAGUGGGACCCUUCCUCCUCCCACAGCUGAAGCCGUGCAGCAGCAUCCAGAGCAGCUAAGCACUGGUGAUAAACCCCAAAAUGGAGCAUCAAUUGAUGAGUGCCAAGGUGUGACUUGGGAUGAUCCAGUGGCUCGUAAGCAGAAGGAAAAACUCCUGGAGUACUUUGAAAAUGAAGGAGCAACUCAGAGUCAAGAACUUCCUCUCCACACCUCCCAGCCCAAGCUCUUCAUGUUUUCUCGCAUAGAUGAUCAGGAGAGGGAGAGGUAUAAAUCAGUGCUGGAAAAGUUUGGUGCUAUGGUGAGUGAGGGUGGAAAUUAUGAUCCAGCUGCAACUCACCUCAUCACAGAACGCCCUUUGAGAAAUGAGAAGGUUCUCUCAUGCAUAGCAGCUGGGAAAUGGGUCCUUGGUGCUCACUACAUCAAUGCUUCCAUUGCUGCUGACAGACUUCUGCCAGAAGAGGAAUUUGAGUGGGGAAGUGAGGAAAUGUUCCAAGCAUUUCCAGAGCUCUCAGAUGAUGAGAGAAGGAGAAGUCGAGCAGCUCAACGAUGGCGGCAGGAGAUUCAGUCAGGGAAGAAGUCAGGCGCUUUCUCCCACAUCACAGCAAUCAUCCAUACACCUCCACACCGUCGAGAAGCUUUCACUCGCUUCCUCAUGGCUGGGAAGGGUCAAGUCUCCUCUGCCAAACCUCCAUAUCGUGACAUUGAGGGUGUGACUCACGUGUUUGUAGAGAAGCCAUCAGAGUGCAAGGAACCAAUUGACAUUGCCUAUCUGCAUGAGCAUGGCUUGGAGUGCUUGGUCCCUCUCUACCUCAACGAUUAUCUCAUGGGAGAGCUACAACCUAUUGAGAAGUACUAUGAGACCAAUUACAAGAGAUUUGUUGACUCUUUGGCAUAGUUAAACUCAAGGACAUCCUUAACUAAAUUCUACUAAUGUACCAGUAUAUAUUAUAUUUCAGUGAUUUCACUUUUUUUCAUUGCUGCUGAUCAGUGUAUGUCUUUUUGUCGGCAAG